UAUAGCGCUGUUUCCAGAAAUUAGAGCCGCAAAAACAAGCCAAAAUUCAGCACUAUAACUAUUAGUAAUAUAUAUUUAUUAUACGUGGUGACAAAUAUUUAUAUAUUAGUUAGAAUCACGUAAAAAUACGUCAUACAAGCAGCGAAAUUUGGGGAGGGUGUCCACUUGAAAUACUGGCUCAAAACUAUAUAAACCGCGCGCCCCUCCGGACGAGCUCAGAUCUGGAAUUGUUACUGCUUCUUCAGUGUAAGAACGUGACAGUUUCGUUCGUCGCAAACUUCAAUCCCAAUUUUCAUCUUUGUCUUUGAACAAAACUUCAACUCCAGAACCCAAGGAUGGCGGUGUCUCAGGUUCGUCAGAACUUCCACGAGGACAGCGAGGCUGGCAUCAACAAGCAGAUCAACCUCGAGCUGUACGCCAGCUAUGUCUACCACUCCAUGGCCACCUACUUCGACCGUGAUGAUGUGGCUCUGAAGGGCUUCGCCAAGUUCUUCCGGAGCGCGUCGGACGAGGAGCGUGAGCACGCGGAGAAGCUGAUGAAGUACCAGAACAUGCGUGGCGGGCGCGUGGUGCUGCAGCACAUCCAGAAGCCCGACCACGACGAGUGGGGCUCCGGGCUGGACGCCAUGCAGGCCGCCCUGGCGCUGGAGAAGAGCGUGAACCAGUCCCUGCUGGAUCUGCACAAGACCGCAGACACCGUUGGUGACCCACAGAUGAUGGACUUUCUGGAGGGAGAGUACCUGAAGGAGCAGGUGGAGUCCAUCAAGCAGAUCGCCGACCACGUCACCAACCUGAAGCGCGUCGGCACUGGCCUGGGCGAGUACAUGUUCGACCACGAGACCCUCGGCGACUAGACGUCCCCGCCACGCAGCGGCCAUGGCAGCGUACCCUUGGGCGUACCACCAUCUGGCAGUUAGAAAAGCAUCGCAACGUUCCUAAUUAACACUAGUAGAUCCCCCCUCCCCCUUCCCCAUAUAACAACAGCACUGUGCAGUUCAGAAAUGGAUCAAUGGUUCUGUUAUGACCAAAAAGAAAAGUUUGAUGUAAAUUUUACAACUAUACUACAAUCUUUGUAAACCAACACACUCCACAGCCGUAUGCAGAAUGUCAACACAGUCCAACUCCCAGUUAGAACGUAUGAACAUGAAGAAGGUUCAGUAAAGACCUAGAGUCUGACACUGGUGAACAGGAAAAGUAGAGAACGUGAUGUUUAUUAGGAAUGUUGCUCAAGGAAUAAAACUCUGCAGAUCA